GACACAUGAAUACGCGCGAUACUCCGCUGCAUGUAAACAAAACUUGAUUAAAAUCAAUGUUAUUGUGUAGUUUUCGUUGAUUUGAUGGGAAAAAAAUCGGUAUAAAACAAUGGCUGUUGAUGGAAAACUACAGCAGGUUCGUCAACAUUUCGAGCGAAAAGGCAUUCGACUUGAUUCCGAUUGGCUGAAUGGUUGCGUGGAAUUUUUCAUCGAUGAAAAUCCAUCGAUAUCGAUAAAUCAACUAUGCCAACAAGCCGAAGAGCAAUGGGAAUUAUCCGAUUUGAGUGAUAGUGGCAUCAAAUGUUUACCUGAUUCGAUUUUUGCCAGAAAAGACAUUCAAACCAUAAAUGGCACAUUUCCAUUACAAAUUCAAUUUUUACUUGACAUCAGCGAAUCACCAUACGAUCAAUUGCAACGAUUACAAAACAAAGAAACAGAAGUAGCCAACGAGCAACCGGAAUUUAAUCAAACAAAGAAAAUCGAAAAGGGUAAAAAGAAGCGAAUGUUAAAACUCGAUCUUAGCGAUGGAUUUCGAACUGUGUCAGCAUUGGAAUACACACCGAUUCCAUGUCUUAAUGCUCAAUUGGCGCCCGGUCUAAAAGUGAUUGUGACCGGUCCGUUGCGUUGUGUAAAUCAUAUUCUAUUUCUCGAAGCGAAAAAUAUUCGUAUUCUGGGUGGCGAAGUAACCACAUUAGCCAUUGAAAAUGCAUAUGAAAAUGUAUUGAGAAAACAAUUAAGUCUAGCAAUCAAUCCGAAUCCAAUCAAUGAUUAUCAAGAACCAGCAGCCGAUGUGACGACGAUGAUGACCAUCCGUACAGAUAAUAUUCCAUCGAUACCGAUGACAGCAACCAACACAGCUACACAACCUUCAUCCACUAGAAAUCACAAUACCUUUGACGAUUUUCUCGAUGAUGAUGUUGAUUUACUUACCGAUAUUGACGUUGAUCUAAUUACAGCAAAUGUAGUAACAACACCCACAAAAUCAUCGACAACCAUACAAAAUCAAAAUGAUAUUCCAUUGCAUCGACAAAGUACACUGUUAUUCGAUGAUGAUGAUGUUUUUUCUAACAUUGAUCCAGCCAUUGACCAACUGAAUAUUUCCACCACACCACCACCACCACCAUCUCCACAACCAGAAACAUCAAUACAAAAUUCAGAAGUUGAAUUCUCCGUACCUCAACUACCAGCCGAUGAACCAGAAAUCCAUGCCGAUAAUUAUCGUUUUAAAAUUCGCGGUUUGAACUUGGUUACAAUUAAGCAAAUAAGUGAAUGUUCAGCGGAAAAUCGAAAACGUCGAAAGUACUUCAUAGUUAAGGCUCGUAUUGAGAAAAUUGUUAAACAGGCGCGUGUUGCACAAAUGCGCUGGAAAUUGGGCGUUUUACUUGCAGAUCUAUUGUCAGAUAAUGUCACAUUGAGUGUAUCGUUUAGUAAUGAUGUUUUGGAAAAAUUGGCUGACAUUAGUGGCCGUGAAUUACAUCAAAUGUACACAAUGCGCAAUGAACGGCCACAAUUUCAAACUGAACUCGAUGCCAUUCUGAAAUCGUUGGGUGAAAAACUAGAAGAAAUGUACACAUUCAUGAAAAUCGAUUUUGAUGUGAGUGGCAGUGAUCUUCCAGUCGUUGUUGAACUUAUCAAUGCAGCUCCUGUGUUAAAUCGUAAACUACAAGAUAAAAUUGAAUACGAACGAUUACAAUAAUAAAAAACAAAUACAUCAAAA